AUGAUUUUAAAACUUACAUUUAUAAUAUUACUUACUGCAAUAAUUAUUGCAACAAAAAGUGAACCAAUGAAGAAAAAUUGCUUACGUCUUGGUCAAAAAUGUUCGAGUAAUGAUCAGUGUUGUUUAAAUAAAUGUGAUGGUAUAUGCAUGCAAGUAAUUAACAGUUUGUCUGAUUAUUUAAUGCUUAUGCGCACUGGAAAUCCUGCAUUUUGUCUUUCAACAGGCACUCAAUGCAAUGUCAACAGCGAUUGCUGCUCUAGUAAGUGUGUUCGUGCUAAAAGGAAAACUUAUUAUACUUGCAUUGCUGAACCAUCUACUUCAACUGCUAAUAACAAUAAUAAUAAUAAUGAUGCUACGACAAUCGAAAACAUUGAAACUGAAACUUGCCGAGCAAAUGGAUUGCAAUGUAUUGAAAAAGAACACUGUUGCUCAAAAUUCUGUUUAGCGAAAUACUUAGUUGGAGUGACAUAUAUGUAUUGUGCACCAUUACCAGAUAAAUCAGUUACUACUCGAAUAACACAUGAAAUUACUGAUACCACAACACCGCCAGAAAUAGCUGUUACAGGUCCAAGAUGUUCUCUAUAUGAAGAAAGCUGCUAUCGAGACGAAGAAUGUUGCUCCCAAGCUUGUUUUACUUACUUCGGUCAUUUUAGAAAAGUUUGUUUUUAAGGAGAUCUUUAAUUAAAAAAUAGUUUGAAUAAACCACAAUUUGAUCAUAAGGAUCAACCUAACAAACAAAAAUUCAUAAAAAUUAUAUUGUUUUCUUUUAUUUUAUCUUUGAUAUGUUUGUAACGUAUCCAUUUUCCCUGGCAUUCAUUUAGAGUGUUCAAACUCGACUCAGGCAUUUAAACUAAACGCAAUAGAAAAUUUAUCAACUUAAAUUUUAAAAAUUCCAAAUUUUUUUACAUUAUGUACUACACAGCAUUGUAAUUUUAUCAAAAAUAUUUUAAAUUCGAGUUUAUUCAGAAAUAUUCGGCUCUUUUCGUUAGAAUGAAUUACGUGACGUAUCGAGGCGUGUAUAAACGAGCAUGUCUAUAUAAAACAUCUUUUUUUUUGUUUCUUAUUGGCUAUCGCCCCAAUUGGGCCACGUGCCACUUGCUGUUGUAUUUUUUUUUUUUUUGUUUAUUUUCUUGUAUGUAAAACAUCUUGUGAACUAUUUUUUGUAUUAUGGUCUCAGUAAGGGAAUGAACUUUGGAAAUAGCCCCCACUACCAAACAUUCAUAAGGUACGCAUGCGCAAUGAAAAGUGAGAUAAUAUUUAGUACAUAGAUUAUCCAGAGUGGAAGUAAAAACCGAUGACACUUGAAGUCCUAUUGGGAUGUCCUCUUGUUGGGAUAAAUUUUUGGAUCAAUUAAGUCGAUGGACUGUUUUUAUUAUUGUUAGCGGUGAUUUAUUCAAAUAAAUAAAGUACACGGAAAGAAUUUUUGUAUGAAUAUUGUUAUGUCAUCCCCGUUUAGACAAUCUCAUAAAAUCCUAUAGAUUCUCAUACAUUCUUAUAAAGAUUUUAUAAGAAUGAAUGAGUUCUAUGAGAAGUGCUAUAGUUAAGUAUAGAGCCUUAUACAUACAUCUAUGAGAAUCUAUCGAAUUUUUUAUACAGGGGUUUGUUCUAAAAAUUACACUUAUCGAGUAAUC